AUGUUCAGCGGUACGAGACUGGGAGCACGAAGAGUGUUCUUUAACCGGACAGCUCUCCCGCUCCGGGCUUCUGUCCGCUUUCAAUCAAACGCCGCCGGAACCUCAGAGGACGGUUGGGAACUCGUUGUUGGACUUGAGAUCCACGUGCAGCUGAAGACGGGAAGGAAGCUUUUCUCGGGUGAGCUCAAAGGGGACGAGAUUUUAGCUGACUUUACGGAGGAGGCUGGCGCCUUCGUGCGCAAGCUGCAGGGUAUUCUGCGCCGUAUCGGCUCCGGUGACGGGCAACCUCCGCGUCGACGCGAAUGUCUCGGUGCGCCGCCCCGGCGAGCCCUUCAACACGCGCUGCGAGAUCAAGAAUGUGAACUCGGCUCAGAGGCCGAGCGGCGGCGACACAUUGCGCACUACGAGAGCCAGCCUGGCGUCCCUCUGAAGCAGGAGACGAGGGGUCUAAACGAGCUCACGGGCGAGACCUUCUCCCUCCGCUCCAAGGAGGAGGCGGAGGACUACCGCUACAUGCCGGACCACAACCUGCCGGCACUGGCGAUCCGACCGGCGUAUCUUGAGAAGUUGCGCGAGAAAGUGCCGGAGAUGCCGUGGGAGACGGAUACGCGGCUGCAGAAAGACUACGGCCUGAACAGGCGCGAUGUCGACACGCUGCUCAGUCUGGACGAGUAUGGCGGUGCCGGCAUCGCCUACUUCGAAGCAGUCGUGCCGGAGCCGACACUCGGCAAGAAGGCUUGUAACUGGUACGUCCAUCGAGCUGCGAGCGCUGUCGCGGGAGCUAACAUCAGGGUGACGCACGAGCUGCUCGGCCAGCUGACCAAGUCCGGCCGGGAAUGGACGCCAGAUGUGGUCCCUGCCCCACUUUUGAAGGAGCUCGUUCUCGCCGUCGAGGGCGGAAAGCUGACAGGCUCUACGGCGCGGAGUGUGCUGAAGCACGUCGUCGAGAACGGGUCUGGCGCGGGCAAGCUUGAACCCCUGCUCGAGGAACUCGGUAUCCAGCCCUCGUCGGCGGACGACCUGAAGGCGCUCUGUGAGGCCGUCAUCGCCAAGCUGCCCAAGGAGGCCAAGAAGGUGCGCGGCGGCAACGACAAGGUCGUCAUGCGCCUCGUGGGCCAGGUCAUGAAGGACUCGCGAGGCGCAGCGGACGCUCAGGCUGCGCGGGCCCUCCUUCUCGAGCUCAUCCGGAAAUAA